CUUUGCGCGAUGGAAACCGUUCAUAUAAAGUUAGUGGCUCCAAUAUAAACUCGAUAGUUACAGAUGCAUAGUAAGUUACAGCGAUGGCGAAUCUUUCUGGAAGGUUUAAUUUAGAUCGUUGUGAUCUCCCGGCGAUAUUCUGGAAUGUUGGGGCUAUUUUGAGGGCAAUAACUAUAAACAUCAACAGGAGGCAAGCUCGGCCUGUUUCCUGCAUACUAUAUCUUUUGAUAAUCUUUACCGGGGCAAGCUAUGUCUAUGUUUAUGUGAUCUCUAUGCUCUGGUUCGUGCUGGUGCGGUGUCCGGAGACCGGGGACUUCAUUAGUGCUAUGGUUGUGUUUUCCAUAACCAUGUGCAGUGUCACGUCAGUCCCCAAGUUCUUUUAUAUGAAAUGUCGCAGGUAUAUUACUACGUUACUUUCAUCUGUCGCUUCACUUCCUCUUGUAUGUAAUUUUAAUAAUGUGAAAUGUGAAACAGUCAUGAAGUUGAUUGAUGAAUAUCUCCACUGUAACGGGUUGGUGGUGAGAGGAACUCGCUUCGAGACAAAUAUUCUGAAAGUUCUGAAACUUGUCAAAACGCAAGCCACGCUGGUCUGGACUUUGUUGACGAUGAAUGGCUUUCUUUAUAUAUUUUGGCCUAUUAUAAGGCCCGGUCGCCAUUUUACAGAAGAUCUGUUUGUUUUAUACGGUUUGGAGCCGAUGAGAGAGUCGCCAAACUAUGAAGUAGCAUCAGUUUUAAUGGUAUCAGCGGUUAUUUUCUCCGCUGCUACGACGGUUCAAAUAACGAUCUUCAUAAUUGUCCUCAUCGGAUACUUAGAAGCACAAAUGCUUGCUCUCAGUGAGGAAAUGAUCAAUAUUUGGGAUGAUAGUGAGAAAUAUUACAACGUUUAUAAACUAUAUCACAAAUACGUUAUCAAAAGAAGAGCGAGAAAUAUUUUUUUGAAAAUACGCCUGCAUGAUAUCGUAAAAUUUCAGAUAGUGAACACAAAUCUGAGGAAUAAGGUAGAACAUGAACUCCGCGUUUUUUUUCUCAGUGAUUUAAUUUUUAUAAUUCUAGCGCUCGUGACGGAACUGGUCGGGGGACUCGAAAACACUUGGAUACAAGUGCCAUGGACAUUUGUUUUACUAUUUAUAGAUUGCUACAUAGGGCAGAGGCUCAUCGACGCUGGCGCAGCAUACGAAAACUCAAUUUAUAAUUGUAAAUGGGAGAACUUCGAUGUAGAUAAUCAGAAGACAGUUCUCUUCAUGUUACAAUGUUCGCAGAAACCUCUGUCUCUGUCGGCCGGUGGAAUCUCAGUUCUCAAUUUCCCGUCCCUGAUGUCAAUGCUCCGUUCUACCUACUCGGCAUAUACAACACUUAAAUCUACUGCACAAACUUAAUACAUUGCAAAAUUAAAACAUAAAUUUACGUCUGUAUAUAUAGCUCCUGUAAUUAUUAAGUUCAUGUUUCUAUUUAACAUCUGUGACUAUAACUGGAGAAAACAAAUAAAAUGGUCAUUGAACAUC